AUAUAUACGUUUGUAUUUCCAUUUCACUUAUAGUAAUGUAUUGCGGGAUAUCAUACUAUUUUAAUGUGAUAAAUUCAUAUUAGUAUAAUUAUUCUUCUAAUCAUAUCGUAAAAAAUAUGAUAUUAAAUAAUGUAUGAAUUAAUAGGGAAUAUAUUUUUGAAAGCAAAACGCUUAGAAACACAUCUUUGACGAAUGUCAAAAUACGGUGCUACGAUCGAAUACGUCGAUAUAACCUAAUUUCAUAAUACUUUAUCCGUGUUAAAAAGGUGCUGACUAAAUUAAAAGAUAAAGGAAGAUUAAUCAUAUGACAAAUGAUAAGAAAAUAGAAUUCUACAUUUGAAAUUGUAAAUUAAUUUUCGUCAAAAUGAGUGUUGUAACAGCUUUAAAAUCUUAUAUUACAAGAAUGACAGAUGAAACAGGGCCAAAUAUGAAGGUUCUUUUAAUGGAUAAACAAACGACAAGUAUAAUUAGUUUAUUAUACAGUCAGUCUGAGAUGUUAAUGAAGGAAGUUUACUUAUUUGAAAGAAUAGAUUCUGGUAUCCGUACUGAUAGUUUAAAGCAUUUAAAAUGUAUUGUUUUCAUAAGACCAACCAAGGAAAAUAUUCAGUUACUUUGUAAUGAACUAAAGUGUCCUAAAUAUGGUUUUUAUUUUAUUUAUUUUAGUAAUAUUAUUGCAAAGGCUGAUAUCAAACUUUUGGCUGAAAGUGACGAAUACGAAGUAGUCAGAGAAGUUCACGAGUAUUAUGCCGAUUAUUUAGCAAUUAGUCCGCAUUUAUUUUCACUUGGGAUUCCUGCAUGUUCUGAAGGUUUGGUAUGGAAUCUGGAACAUUUGCAAAGAACAGUGCAAGGCAUAACUUCAGUUUUAUUAUCACUUAAGAAAUGUCCAUUUAUUCGUUACCAAAAUAGUUCUGAAAUGGCAAAAAAGUUAGCGGAGAAAAUUCGUGAGGUAUUAAGUAAGGAAUCAAGUUCUUUUGAAUUCAGACAGGAAUCUAAUCCUGUAUUACUCAUUGUCGAUAGAAGAGAUGAUCCAGUUACACCAUUAUUAAAUCAGUGGACAUAUCAAGCAAUGGUCCAUGAACUACUAACAAUUAAUAAUAAUCGUGUUAAUUUAUCUCAUGUAAAAGAUAUUUCUAAAGAAUUAAAAGAAGUUGUUCUUAGUGCAGAACAUGAUGAAUUUUAUGCCAAUAACUUGUACCUAAAUUUUGGAGAAAUUGGACAGACAAUAAAAGAUCUGAUGGAUGUAUUUCAAAGAAAGGCAAAAAAUCAACAGAAAGUAGAAAGUAUAGAGGAUAUGAAAACUUUUGUAGAAACGUAUCCACUUUUCAAAAAAAUGUCUGGAACUGUAGCCAAACAUGUAACCGUUGUGGGAGAACUUUCUUCCCUUGUUGGAAAAUAUAAUUUGUUGGAAGUAUCAGCAUUAGAACAAGAACUCAGUUGCGUAAAUGAUCACUCAGGACAACUCCAGAGAGUAAAAAAGCUUAUUAAUGAUGAGAAAGUAAGAGAAGUCGAUGCUGCACGAUUAGUCAUGCUUUAUGCACUUCAUUAUGAGAAUCAUGCAAAUAAUCAGAUUUCUAGUUUGUUAGACUUAUUAAAGAAAAGGAAUAUUUCAGAGAGAUAUAUUAAGCUUGUUCAUAAUGUAUUAGAAUAUAGUGGCAUCAAUAAUAGGCAAAAUAAUUUAUUUGACAAAGAAUCAGUUGUAAAAAUCACCAAAAAACUAUUUAAAGAGUUGAAUGGAGUAGAUAAUGUAUACACACGACAUACACCACUAAUAAAUGAAACUAUUGAAGACUUAAUAAAAGGAAAAUUAAAUACACAAACAUAUCCAUUUUUGGGAAACAUAGUUAUGUCUAAACGGCCACAAGAUAUUAUUGUGUUUAUGAUCGGUGGAACAACAUAUGAAGAAAGUUUAACUAUAUAUAACUUAAACAAACAAAAUCCGGGUGUACAAAUUAUUUUAGGUGGUACUACAAUUCAUAAUUUUGAAAGUUUCAUAGAAGAAAUACAGUGUGCUACUUCUGGAAUUUUUCCAAAAUAUAGGUCAAGAAAAAAUUAAUGGCAAAAUUUAUAAUUCCAUUUAUCAUGCAUUUAAAAUGCAAAAUAAUAACUUAUAUUUCCAAAAAGAUAAACUGCUUAUUACUGUGAAAUAUAAAACCAUAUAUUUAUGACACUGUUAUCCAAAAUUUUUAUUGUUACUAUUUGAAUACCUUAAAUAAAUCUUAUUCAUCAA